AUGGAUUUUGGGUUUUUUCCUAGUGAUUUGAGACAGCGAGGUUCGUAUUCUGAUCUGGGUUUUGGUGGGUUUCCUCUACCGUCUUCUGUUUCCAAUGGGUUUCACUUUUCCGGCGACCGUACAGCUCCUUCUCCGAUCACAAAUCCUUUUCUAAACCUGAACACUAUGGCUUCAAUGGCGGCGGAUACUGAUCUGGGUUUGUGUCAAACCCUCGGUAAGCUUAGUAUCUCCGAUGAAAGGAGCAGUUUUUUAACUCCGGUGUUGAACCAAUCCGGUUUUCACGGUUCGAGAAGCAGCUUCCAUGGGUGUUCUAAGCUUGACCUGGGUCCUGAGGAUUUAGUACAGAGCUUUCAUCAUGGUGAAGCUUCUUCUAUGCGUGGUUAUGGUGAUUUACACAGGCUGGACCAAGAUCUGAUGAGAGCUCGUCGUGGAGGUUUUGUGCAGAGCUUUCAUGGCGAAUCUUCUAUGAGUCGUCGUUAUGUUGGUGUUGAUGAUGAUCACAAACUCAGAUUGCUUGGUUUACAAGAAGCUCAUAACCCUAACCCUAGCUUUAACCAUCCGAGAGGGUUUACAGAGAACGACAUGUCUCUUCGUAACAGAGACUACAUGUUUGAGCAUUUCAAUCAACAAAUCCGACGAGACGUUUCUCUGAUUCCACAAAAGUCUCGACUAGCUUUUCAAGAAAACGAUGUGUUGGACCCAUUGAUGUGCAGUGGAAACAGGACUGUUCCACCAUUUUCAGCCAUGGGAGGCUCUAGGGAGCUUGAAGGUAUGAAGAACAACACGUCUUUCGAGGAAGAAUUACUGGAUCUGCCACUAACCCUUGCUUCCAUGGUUGAUAUCUACGGCUCUGUGUACUUAAUGGCAAAGGAUCAAUUGGGUUGUCGAUUCUUACAGAAGCUAAUCGAAGAAAGAAGAUUUCUUGAUGUAAUGAUUAUAUUCGAGGAAGUGAUUAAUCAUGUCACUGAGCUUGGGAUGGAUCAGUUUGGUAAUUAUUUCGUUCAGAAGCUUCUUCAAGUCUGUGAUGAAGAACAAAGAACUCAAAUCCUCAUUAGGUUGACUUCAAAACCUGGACUUCUUGUCAAGAUCUCCAUCAACAAUUAUGGGACACGGGUGGUGCAGAAGCUGAUUGAGACGGUGAGUACAAAGGAGCAAAUCAGUAUGCUUAAGUCAGCUCUUAAACCGGGAUUUCUCUCUCUGGUUAGAGAAAUAAAUGGAAACCAUGUGAUAUUAAGUUGCCUGAGGUUCCUUGAGCCUAAUGAUAAAAAGUUCAUUUUAGAGGCUGCUACCAAGUUCUGCACAGAGAUUGCGACUCAUCGCCAUGGAUGCUGUGUGCUUCAACGCUGCAUUUCAUACUCGGUUGGGGAGCAACAUGAGAAGCUCGUUGGUGAAAUAUCCAGAAACGCUCUUCGCCUUGCUCAAGACCCUUACGGGAACUAUGUGGUGCAAUACAUAAUAGAGAAGAACGUUGGAGGAGUGAAUGUAAUGUUCGAGUUGAGGGGGAAUUACGUGAGAUUAGCUACACAGAAGUUUGGUAGCCAUGUGGUGGAGAAAUGCCUCAGGUAUUAUCCAGAUAGCAGAUCUCAGAUCGUGCAUGAACUCGUCUCUGUUCCAAACUUCGCCCAUCUUGUACAAGACCCUUAUGCUAAUUACGUUAUCCAGGCAGCUCUAUUCAAAAGCAAGGGCUUUGUUCGAGCGAGCUUGGUGGAGAAGUUACGAAGAUGUGAAAACCUUAAGAUGAGUCCAUAUUGCAAGAGGAUAUUCUCCAAGAACCUCUGGAAGAAGUGACUUUAGA